CGUCCGCGCGGAGCCUCCGGCCCGUGGCCAGACCCGCUAUGGGCGCCCACCCGCGCGGUGUUCGCCCCGCGAAGCUCUCGCCGCUCCCGGCUGCGCCGCUGCUGCUUCUGCUUCUGCUGCCAGUGGCCAGCACCUCCGACGCCGAGCAUCGCCUGUUUGAGCGACUGUUUGAAGAUUACAACGAGAUCAUCCGGCCAGUGGCCAAUGUGUCUGAUCCGGUCAUCAUCCAGUUUGAGGUGUCCAUGUCUCAGCUGGUGAAGGUGGAUGAAGUAAACCAGAUCAUGGAGACUAACCUGUGGCUCAAGCAAAUCUGGAACGACUACAAGCUGAAGUGGAACCCGUCCGACUAUGAUGGGGCUGAGUUCAUGCGCGUCCCUGCGCAGAAGAUCUGGAAGCCAGACAUUGUACUGUACAACAAUGCUGUUGGAGAUUUCCAAGUGGACGACAAAACCAAAGCUUUACUCAAGUACACAGGGGAAGUGACCUGGAUCCCCCCAGCCAUCUUUAAGAGCUCGUGCAAAAUUGACGUGACCUACUUCCCGUUUGAUUACCAGAACUGCACCAUGAAGUUCGGUUCCUGGUCCUACGACAAGGCAAAAAUCGACCUGGUCCUGAUCGGCUCCUCCAUGAACCUCAAGGACUACUGGGAGAGUGGCGAGUGGGCCAUCAUCAAAGCCCCUGGUUACAAGCACGACAUCAAGUACAACUGCUGCGAGGAGAUCUACCAGGACAUCACCUACUCGCUCUACAUCCGGCGCCUGCCGCUGUUCUACACCAUCAACCUCAUCAUCCCCUGCCUGCUCAUCUCCUUCCUGACUGUGCUCGUCUUCUACCUGCCGUCUGACUGCGGUGAGAAGGUGACCCUCUGCAUCUCAGUGCUCCUCUCCUUGACUGUGUUUCUCCUGGUGAUCACUGAGACCAUCCCGUCCACCUCGCUGGUGAUUCCCCUGAUCGGCGAGUACCUGCUCUUCACCAUGAUCUUUGUAACCUUGUCCAUCGUCAUCACCGUCUUCGUGCUCAACGUGCACUACAGGACCCCGACCACCCACACGAUGCCCACAUGGGUGAAGACCAUAUUCUUGAACUUGCUUCCCAGGGUCAUGUUCAUGACCAGGCCAGCAAGCAACGAGGGUAACCCUCAGAGGCCAAGACCCUUCUAUAACGCUGAGCUCUCAAACCUGAAUUGCUUCAGCCGCAUAGAGUCCAAGGGCUGCAAGGAAGGCUACCCCUGCCAGGACGGGCUGUGCGGCUACUGCCACCAUCGCAGGGCAAAAAUCUCCAAUUUCAGUGCCAACCUCACGAGAAGCUCCAGUUCUGAAUCUGUUGAUGCCAUGCUGUCCCUCUCUGCUCUGUCACCGGAAAUCAAAGAAGCUAUCCAAAGUGUCAAGUAUAUUGCUGAAAAUAUGAAAGCACAAAAUGAAGCCAAAGAGAUUCAAGAUGAUUGGAAGUAUGUUGCCAUGGUGAUUGAUCGUAUUUUUCUGUGGGUUUUCAUCCUGGUGUGCAUUUUAGGGACGGCAGGAUUGUUUCUACAACCCUUGAUGACCAGGGACGAUGCGUAAGAACUAAACUAUGUGUUAUUUAUGAGGUUAUUCAUGGGCGUUGAGGGAGAGGGGGCUUGCUUUUUAUUUUUUGCUGUGGUAAAGUACACUUAGCAUAAAAUUUAUCAUCUAAACCAUGUUUAAGUACACAGUUCAGUGGUAAAUAUAUUCACAUUGUUAUGUAACCACCACCACCAUCCCACCCAACUCUAGACCAUUUAAACAAUCACUCCCCAUUCUCCCCUCUCCCCAGCAACCACCAUAAUACUUUGUCUUUAUGAUUUUGACUAAGCUAAGUACUUCAUGGAAGUGCAAUCAUACAGUACUUGUCUUUUUUGUGACUGGCCUGUUUCAUGUUGCAGAAUGUCCCUAAAGGUUCAUCCAUGGUGUAGCAUAUUGCAGAAUUCCCCUACUUUUUAAGGCUAAAUAAUACUCAGUUGCAAGUAUACACAUUUCACUUGUCCAUGUAUCUGUUGAUGGACACUUGGGUUGCUCCCAGAUUUUACCUGUUGUGGAUAAUGCUGCUACGAAUAUGGGUGUACAAAUCUCUCUUCUGUACCUUGCUUUCAGUUCUUUUAGGGAUAAACCGAGAAGUGGAAUUGUUUGAUCAUGUGUUAAUUCUAUUUUUAAUGUUUUGAGGAACUGCCAUUGUUUUCCACCAGGGCUAUGCCAUUUUACAUUCCCAUCAGCAACGCACGAGUUUCUCCACGUCCUCAUCGUACUUAUCGUUUUUUUUUUUGACAAUAGCAAACCUACAGGUUGUGAAGCGGUAUCCCAUUGGGGUUUUGAUUUGCAUUUCUCUAAUUGUUAGUAAUUUUGAGAAUUCUUCAUGUGUUUAGUGGCCAUUCUUGUCUUCUUUGGAGGAAUGUCUCUUCAAGAUCUUUGCCCAUUUUUGAAUUGGGUUGUUUUUUAAGUUUUAGGAGUUCUCUUUAUAUUCUGGAUAUUAAUCCUUUAUCAGAUAUAUGAUUUGCAGAUAUUUUCUCCCAUUCUGUGGGUUGUCUUCAUUACUGUUGAUAGUAUCUUCUGAUGCACAAAUUUUUAAAAUUUUCAAGAAGUCGUUUGUCUGCUUUUUCAUUUAUUACCUGUGCUUUUUUUGUAAUAUCCAAGAAACUACUGCCAAAUCUAAUGUCAUAAAGCAUUUGUCCUGUUUUC